GGACAAAUUUUCAUUACUAUAAUGUGUAUCUUGAAAGUUGCAAAUUCUACUGUAACGCUCAAUGUUACAACUCCAAUAAUAUUCUACAGCACAACCUGCAUAACAAUGACAAUGUUUUUCCGCGUGGCCAGGAACUGGCCUAAGCUCGUUCGCGACGUGUCGCAUGUCGAAGAGUUGGAUCCGAGUUAUAAUCAUGCAGUAACAUAUAGAUGUAAUAUAACAUGCGGUGUAGUUUUAUUUUUGGCAUUAGUUGAGCACAUACUGUCUCUACUAUCUGCGUUUGCCGGUGCCAUGACGUGUUAUCCGAAGAAACCUAUCUACGAAGGUUUUGUAGAACAUUUCUAUCCGUGGGUAUUUAAUUUUAUACCAUAUACACCAUUUUUGGGAAUGUUAACUCAGUUCCUUCAUUUCCAAUCUACGUUCAUCUGGAAUUUUUCUGAUCUCUUUGUGAUUUGUAUGAGUUACUAUUUAACAUCUCGCUUGGAACAUGUCAACAAGAAGCUAUUAGCCGCACAAGGAAAGUAUUUGCCUGAGUUAUUCUGGAGAAGUACUCGCGAAAAUUACGGUCGGGCGACGCAGUUGGUUCGAAGAGUCGACGACGUAAUCAGUGGAAUUGUCUUCAUUUCCUUUGCUAACAACCUGUUCUUUAUUUGUCUGCAGCUCUUUAACACUUUGGAAGAUGGUAUCAAGGGUACCGGUGAAUGUUCCAGCCGUGUCAAAAAAGCAACUUUUCUGGGCGGUUACGAAGCGGCAGUGUAUUUUCUAUUUUCAUUGGUUUACUUGAUUACACGUUCGGUGGCGGUAUCGCUUAUUGCAUCGCAAGUUAACACGGCAUCGACAGUGCCAGCGCCAGUUUUAUACGAUGUCCCAUCACCUGUGUAUUGUAUCGAGGUUCAGAGAUUUUUAGAACAGAUCCACGGAGAUAAAGUAGCGUUAAGUGGACUUCAAUUUUUUAGCGUCACUCGAAGCUUGUUGUUGACGGUAGCGGGAACAAUAGUUACAUACGAGCUAGUUUUGUUUCAGUUCAAUAGUUCACCGCAAGAUCAGAGCGGUUCAUUUAUCGAUAAUGCAACUUCUACACUGGUCCCCGCUCGCCAAUAUUAAUAGAGAAAAUUGUCGCCAAGAAUUGAUCAUUUUAAAUCAUUAAAAACUAUAAGAAUAAAUAGACCUAAAGGUCUAUAGAAUCAGAAGGUUUUGGAAUUAGUGGGAUUGAGGGUCAGCUUUAGGAUUUUUUGUUUUUAAAAAGAAACACAUGUUGUUCGAGGG